ACCACAGUCAUGGCUGUUGGCACUCAUUUACGUCGCUCGGAGCUAAUGAGUCCCCGCCUCCACCGCCUGUUGAGCGGCGACACUUCACUCCCAGGAGCCGCAGUGAAGUUCUGGUGAGCUUCACGUUGAGGCUCAAACUUUCGGCAUCUCUCUCCGUCGUCUCGUACCGGACUGUCUUCACUUUUACGUCCCAGCAGCGAUGACGUUCAGGAGGCUGAAGAAGGUGAACUCCAGCGGGGUGGACGGAGGACCCGCAUCCCAGGACAACGACAUUUAUUUCCCGUCGUCAAAGUCGGACAGCUGCAGGACGGUGGACCUGCCGGCCAACUCCUCGGAGGUUUAUAACUACAAGACUCUGGCUUAUUCUGGGGGCACGCUGCCCAGAAACUUCAAGAAGGGUGGAGGCUCGCAGAAGUGGAAACCCCUAACGCUGCCCCCAGAACCACAAAGGAAAGUGGUGGACUUGGAGAAAAAUGAAGAGGAGGCCUUUGGUUUUGAGAUUCAGACUUACGGCCUUCACCACCAAGAACAAAACUCAGUGGAGAUGUGCACGUUCGUGUGCAGGGUGCACGACGGCAGCCCGGCCCACCUAGCAGGACUUAAAGUUGGGGACACCAUCGCAAGUGUGAACGAGACCACCGUGGAGGGAUUUCUGCACAAGGACAUCGUUCAGCUCAUCAGGUCAUGCGGCAACACACUGAGGCUGGAGACGGUUUACAGUGACUCAAUCCGAAAAGCUGAGCUCGAGGCCCGGCUGCAAUAUUUAAAGCAAACGCUUCAUGAGAAGUGGGAUGAAUAUCGUUCGUUGAUGGUGCAGGAGCAGAGGCUUGUCCAUGGUAUCGUAAUGAGCGACGCUUCUCUGUACGAGUCCCUGGAGUCUGCAGGAAUCUACGGCAGCCUCGGUGCGCCCAGCCCCGCGGCCCAGAGAGCCCUCCACUCCACCGGCAGCACCAGCAGCAGUGCCAGCCUCCUCAGCACGGCCACCGAGGACGACCCGCUCUACCAGACCUGCCUGUACCACUCGGACGGCUACGUGGACUCGAACAGCUCCGACAAAAUCAACGAGCAGCAACCUUCCCAGAGGCAGCAGCGCGUCCGACCGACCAGCGAACUCCUCACCGUGACCAAGACCCACCUGACCCGCAGCGCCAGCACGCGCAGCUACUUGAGGGGAUCUUCGUCAUCCCCGUCGUCCGUGGGCUCGGCGGAGAAACAGGGAGGAUUCAGCUCGCUGCAGAGAAAACCCAAACAGAAGAGCUUCCGCAGGCGUCUCCUCAAGUUCAUUCCAGGUUUGAAUCGGCCGCUGGAGGAAGAAGAGAGCAAACUGUGAGCAACGGACAGAAAUAAAGACUAAAAACAACAAUGACUUUCAUACUGAAGUGCCAAAGAAAACAGCAAACAGCCUCCAAAGAGUGAAGCCAAAGCUAAGUGGCUGCGUUGCUGGGAAGACCGGUGGACUUUUAUUUCACAGGUGUACAUAACUUUUGCUUCGGUCUGUCUCGACUUCUAAGUUAUUUAUUUAUUUUUACAUGGUUUUGUCAUGCAGAAUGAAGGAUGUUUCAUUUUUUUUUACUGCAUGGACAUUUUUUUUAUUUUCACUUCAAAACCACAAAAUCUUAGCAAGUAUAUUUGGCCUACUGUCUAGUGCAAAUAUCUUAGUGCACUUAAAAUAAGACAAAACUAACUUACAAGUAACUUUUCAAAAGGGAACAGGAGGUUCUUUUAAGUGAGUAAUUC